UUGAAUUCCGGAAGUGUUUUGAUGCAUUGUAGCAGGUUGACGGGGCCGUGCGCGGUUACGGGGCUCGUGUUCUGCGGUGUUUCGCGGAUUAUGAGCGCGCGGGACGGAGUUGCGAGCUGAGUCACCACGAGUCAUCUAUAUGGGCCAUUUUCUCUCCAAGAAUGCUCACAGCCUGAAGAAAACACGGAAGCUGCGCAAGAAGAAGAGGAGGAGGAAUUGCUUCCUUCAGGGCCCCUGCAUGCUGUGCUUCAUCGUCCACGGCAACAGCGGAAGCAUCGAGGACGACUGGCCCUUCGAGAGCGGCUGCGCGGCGGCGGCAUCCAAACUCGUGGAACACUACGCCGCGUUGAACUCGCCCGACGACUGCGCCAAGUUCCUCCGGUCUCCAGGAGAGCGGGCCCUCUGGGAGGCCCAGGGCAGAAGUCUACUGUCCGCCGUGCCGGUCAAGCUGAUCACGCCCCCGGCGCUCUUCUGCGCCGUCGUCCCAGCCGCGGACUAUUCAGAAAUGGUGUGCAAGCGCAAGAGCGCCGAGCUGCAGCGGUGCGCGCCCCGCAAGCAGCCACGCUGUGCCUUCCAGGAGCCCAUGGAGAACGGAGAAGAGAGAGGAGACGCCUCCGCAUCGGAUGACCAGUGCCUCCUGCCGUCUCUCUGUCCUCUGCCUUCAUCUUCUUCCUCAGAGGAGAACGGGUGCGGCGCGGGGACGGAUGCGGCCAGCUCCUCUUCCACCUGUGAGGCCUCGGAGGAGGAAAAAUACCCUGAAAGUUCAGAGCAAUCUCACAUCAACCAGCUGCCCUCAUCUAUACUGCUCAAGGUGUUUUCUCAUCUGUCGGUGAAGGAGAGAUGUUUAGCAGCGUCUCUGGUGUGCAAGUACUGGCGAGACCUCUGCCUAGACUUCCAGUUCUGGAAACAAAUCGAUCUCAGCGGCCUUCAGCAGGUUAAAGAUGAUCUUUUGGUGAAGAUCGCAUCUAGAAGACAGAACGUUACGGAGAUCAACAUUUCUGACUGCCGGAACGUUCAGGAUCAGGGCGUUUUAACUCUGGCAUCUAACUGUAGAGGUCUGGUUAAAUACACGGCGUACCGCUGUAAACAGCUCAGUGAUGUGUCGCUCUGCGCCGUCGCCGUCCACUGCCCACUUCUGCACAAAGUUCAUGUUGGAAACCAGGACAAGCUCACAGAUCAAGCUCUUAAACUGUUGGGCGAGCAUUGCAAAGACCUGCGGGACGUUCAUUUCGGACAGUGUUAUAACAUCAGUGAUGAGGGGCUGGUGGCGUUGGCUCAGGGCUGCUCCAAACUCCAGAGAAUCUACAUGCAGGAAAAUAAACUGGUGACAGAUAAAUCCGUGCAGGCGUUUGCUGAGAACUGUCCCGGGCUGCGUUUCGUGGGAUUCAUGGGCUGUUCGGUGACAUCACAGGGGGUCAUCCAUCUGACCCGGCUUCAGGAUCUGAACAGUCUGGAUCUGCGACACAUCUCUGAACUCAACAAUGAGACGGUGAUGGAGGUGGUGAGAAAGUGUCGGAACCUAACGUCUCUUAACCUCUGCCUUAACUGGACCAUCAAUGACAGGUGUGUUGAGAUCAUCGCUAAGGAGGGCAGGAGUCUGAAGGAACUCUAUCUAGUGUCCUGCAAGAUCACAGAUCACGCUCUGAUCGCCAUCGGUCAGUACAGCAGCACUAUUGAGACGGUGGACGCUGGUUGGUGUAAGGAGAUCACAGAUCAGGGUGCCACACAGAUCGCCAGGAGCAGCAAAUCUCUGCGUUAUCUGGGUCUGAUGAGGUGUGAUAAGGUGAACGAGGAGACAGUGGAGAGGCUGGUGCUGCAGUAUCCUCACAUUGUGUUCAGUACAGUGAUGCAGGACUGCAAGAGAACGCUGGAGAGAGCCUAUCAGAUGGGCUGGAGCCCCAACACGUCCACAGCAUCCUAACACACACACACACGUGUGCAUUCUCAUACAUACGCUGUUUAUUUUGCCUUCCUUUAUGAAAUGACAUUAUGCAGCAGAAGCGAGAAUAUAAUGCUGGAGAUCUGAACGCCGCUGGUGCACAUGCACGAGAGCUUUAUCACACAUUUCACCACAAAAUACAAAGAAAAAUACUAGUUCACAAUCAUCAAUGUUGUUUGUGCUAUAAUUCAAUUUUCACAGCAGUUCAACAAACUUCUCAGAAUUCUCUUUACUGUAAAGGCACAAAAAUCGCAUCGUUCUCGUCACUGUCGUUUUAUUUCCACACGCGUGACGUUGAAAAGGAGGAAAAACGCUGCAUUUUCUUUGACUGUCAUGAAGAUAAAAAGUGACUGCAGUGAAGUAAACGGUAGUACAUGAAAAUCUAACACUGUUCAUUUGACACUAUGGUGAUUCUGUUCUUCAUGACAAUGAGAGUUUGAUAGGUUCUGUAUUUUGUCACAACAUGUCAAAAAGUCAUUUUCAAAUAUCGUUUCUCAUGAUUUUGUGGUGAAAUGUAGUCUGAACUCACUAUGACAAAAUGUACAUUUUCAGACACUUUAUUCAUUUCAUUCAGGUUUGUUUAGUUUUGUGUUCUGUCUCUCUCUCUUUCUCUCUCUCAUUGUGGCCUCCCUAGUAAAUGCUUAGAAGUAUAAAAUGAACAAUGUUUAAUUCAGGAGAAUUUAUUUAGACUGUAAGAUCUGGACGUCCGUGAACCUUCAGCAUGUCGAGUGUUAGCGUGUUAGAUUUGAAACAUGUCUGUGUAACUGCUCACGUGUUUGAAGAACGUUUGAAGAACGAUGAGUAUUGAGUGUGUGAUGUAUAGAUAUAGAGAGGUGAACGGCACUUGUUUGAUGAUGUUUACUCUCGUGAAACUGUAAGCAGUGGUUUGGAGUUGUAAAACGAUGUACGUUUUUUUUUGUUGCAUUUUACUCACCUUACAUACAGUGUAGGGAAUUAACUACAAAUAUCUGAUGAUUCCAGCCUGUGAUGUGUUAGUAGUGAGAGAUGCUGAGUGAUCUAGAGAGGUUAGUUGCCUCGCUCAUCCUCCCGUCUUUGCCUGUGGUAUUUGCUCAUUCACACUACCAGGGUAUUUUUAUAUGGUAUAAACUAGCUGAAGCCUGUAGCAGUCGCACUGAGUUUAGUUACAGCGUUUCUGUUGCUGUACCCGGUGAUUUGAGUCAAAUAAAACACAAAACACAAUUGUA